CUCUACCACUUGAGCUAUAUCCCCCCAGAAGAUUGUUCUGAGCUUACCCAAUGGGCAGAUUGGAGAGGGCCCUUCUCCCCGACAAGGAUCAAGGCAGUGGAGGGAAGGGUGUGGAAUAGAGCAGUGGGAGGGUAAUCUGGCCAGAAGUUGGUGAGGAGGCUGCCUCCCCCCUCAUCCCACCAUCCUGGCCCUGCUGCCUCCACCUCCGGGAGACAGCCAGGUGUGGCCCAGGAUCCCGGGAGGUGCAGGGGAAGGGGGUGGCGUCUCUGCUCCUGGGGCGCUGGCCCGUCCCAGAGGGGACAGGAAGCCAGGACACCGGGGAUUGUCUCUCGCAGCCGCAACCCCAGCCCGGGAGGAAGUUCUGCCGGGUGCUCUCCGCUGGUGCCUCCCUCGCUAUAUUGUUGAACAGGAAACGGGGCAGCACGGGAGCUGGGCGGUGGAGGAGGGAGCACCGGACGCCAAGCCCCCGCGCGCCAGCCUGGACAAGUGGAGAGUCGGGGAUGGAGCCAAGGGUCGGGUCCCCUCCCCACCCAGCCCGUGACCCUGCGCUCCGGUGAGCGUCCCUGCCGUGGGAAUCCCGCUCCAAGUUUUUCCAGGCCCCGCUGAGCUGCGUCGGGAAAGGUCUAGGGAGGACGGCGAUGGGCCCGGAACGGCUUGCCAGCUCCUGCUCCCGGAGGUCUCUCCAGCCUAGCCCUUGGAAGCCCCGCCCAAGGAGAUGGCAGGGACCUAAACUUCAUCCAUCUGCCGGCUCCGCCCAGCCAGCCCAUGGGCUUGGUGAGGCCCGCCCUGCCGACGGAAACGCCGCGGCCGCGAUGGCAGCGGACGUCGAAGGGGACGUGUACGUGCUGGUUGAGCAUCCCUUUGAGUACACGGGCAAGGACGGGCGCCGUGUUGCCAUACAGCCCAACGAGCGCUACCGGCUGUUACGCCGCAGCACGGAGCACUGGUGGCAUGUGCGGCGCGAGCCGGGCGGCCGCCCCUUCUACCUGCCGGCGCAGUAUGUGCGCGAGCUGCCAGCGCUCGGCCACCCUGCUCCCGCCCCGCCGCUGCCCUCCCGGGGCAGCUUUAAGGCCUGCAGCGUGGCAGGCUCGUGGGUGUGCCCGCGGCCCCUGGCGCACAGCGACUCUGAGAAUGUCUAUGAGGCCAUCCAGGACGUGCGUGGCCCGCCACAGGAGCAUCGACCAGAACAGGGGAAGCCGAGUGAGCAAGGGCCCUUUGAGAUUCCUCCCCAGUGGCUGCAGGGCCCACCCCUGGGUGGGAAGGCCCAGGCUGGCCACCUGGACUGGAGCCCGCCCCCGCUGCCGGGCCAUUGGCCACUAGGAGGAAAGAGUUUCAGCCCCAGCCUCUGA